GUUUAACAGUGGACACUCAGCUUAAUAAUGUUAAGUCAAUAUAAAUAAAAAGCAAGGAGCUGUGCAGAUUAGAUGCAUCCAGCAGGAUCCUGGUGAUUGUACUGGAAUAGUUCCAAAGGAAAAUGGAGUCCAUCCUCUGUCUGUGUGUGUUACUUGUUGGGCUUCAUGCUGUUGUCCAGCCUCAUCACGUACCUGACCACCACAAUGACCAGGAUGGUCAGACAGAUAUUAAUCCCCCACAGCAGCUUACUCCAGUUGGAGGCAAUGUCAUAACUGAAAACAGGUCCUUUCUCAAACUAGCUCCUAGCAAUGCUGACUUUGCAUAUAGAUUCUACAAGCAGAUUAAAUCAGGAGCAGCUGACAAGAACAUUUUCUUCUCUCCUCUAAGCAUCUCCGCUGCCUUUGCAAUGCUGUCAUUAGGUGCCAAGUCAACCACUCUAAGUCAAAUUCACAAAGGACUCUCCCUUAACUUGACAGAGAUUGAGGAGAGGGAGAUACAUGAAGGUUUUCAUCAUCUCAUCCACAUGUUAAACCGUCCUGACAGUGAGAUCCAGCUGAAUAUGGGAAAUGCCCUUUUUGUAGAUGAUCAACUGAAACCACUAGAGAAGUUUUUGGCUGACGUCAAAAGUCUGUAUGAGUCUGAAACUUUUCCUAGUAACUUCCAGAAUUCUGCAGUAGCUGAGAAACAGAUCAAUGAUUACAUAGAGAAGAAAACCCAUGGGAAAAUUGCCAACUUGGUCAAGGACCUUGAUCCGCUCACUGUAAUGGUUCUUGUCAACUAUAUUUUCUUUAAAGCUCAUUGGGAAAAUCCUUUCAGUAAUUUGAAUACACAGGAAGAUGACUUUUUUGUGGAUGCAAAAACAUCUGUUAAGGUUAAUAUGAUGAACAGUGAAACAUAUUAUCGCACUCGCCGUGAUGAGGAGCUGUCUUGCUGGGUGGUUGAAAUCCCAUACAAAGGAAAUGCUGCUGUAUUAUUUAUUCUGCCUGAUGAGGGAAAAAUGAAGCAGGUGGAGGAGGCUCUGUUGAAAGAGACUGUGUCUAAAUGGACAAAAUCACUUCAACAAAGAGAAAUCAACCUGUACAUUCCAGCAUUCUCUGUAUCUGGUACCUAUGAUGUGAAAGAGCUGUUUGAGAAAAUGGGUGUGGUCGAUGUGUUCACUGACGAAGCUGAUCUGUCUAGAAUCACAGAGAAAGCUAAACUGAAGGUGUCGAAAGUUGUUCACAAGGCCCUGGUGGAUGUUCAUGAGAAUGGUACUGAGGCUGCAGCAGUCACUGUGAUGGAGAUUAUACUGCUGUCUGAUACAUUUCCUCCUCCUCCUACCAUUAAAUUCAACAGGCCCUUCCUGAUGAUGAUUCUUGAAAAACCCACCCAAAGCAUCCUCUUUAUGGGGAAAAUCAUAAACCCUACUGAAAAAUAACUGUCCAGCCACUCUACAUGCCCCAGUGAUUUGAAUGAGUGGUGUGCAAAUUCUCAUGAGCAUGUGCAUGUACAACAGACAAAUUGGUGCUAGUGACCAUAACUGAAUUGUAAUUGAAAUAAAUUCCAUACAAAUAAAA